GCGCGACAGUGUUGCGACCAAUGGAACGUGGGACUUUGCUGCGAGACCACCGACUUGCGUAACCUUAACCAGAGCAACAAUGCACGAGAGCAUCGCACCAAUUAACGCGACGUGCUGUUCAGCUGUUUAGCACCGAAUCUGGUCACGGAGGUGGAACCACGUGUAGCGAAGUUUCGCCAGAUUGUUCGCGUGUACCGCUAAUGUACUUUUUUCUCGUUAAUCUGUUUCGACUGUGCAGACUAUUGCGAUCUGAAAUUUCAGACAAAAUGCAGCCAGUAAAGUCCGUGCGCUAAGCUUUGUAACGACCUAAAACAUUCUCAACGCGGUAAGUGGGAAGAAUAAGGGAGAUUACACUCAAACGAGAUUUUAAAAAAUCGCAGAGAGGAAAAAUUCGCUUCGUGUGCCUUCGCAAUUAAAUUGCAGCCUCAUUCGGAAGAAAACUAAGCGAUACACUAAAGCAAACAAAAAUUCAAGCACCUGCAAAAGCGGCUUCUGUCUGUGACAAAGCGUUUCCACAGCUGCCACAUGACGUUUUCCUAAAGUGUUUUAUCUUGCAACGAAAAGGCAAAUAAUUUGAGCCGCAAAAUAGCGCUGAAUAUUUAUUUAUAUGCAGACCUGUCAGCGCCGAGUACAGUCGUCGCUCAGGCCGACGACAAGAUAGGACGCUCUUGCCGAAGCGGUGCAUUUGAGCUCCGCCGUUCAGCUGCUCGUGUUGUCACAGUGGAACGUGUUCGCUCGAAUGUAGGUGUAGGAAAGAUCAUCAUUAUAUUCAAACUGUUAACAAUGCCUGGUUAAAGCGCUAUGGUGAUUCUAAAUACAGACAAAGACGGAAGAUCGAAGGCUUUACAUGUGCUUCGCGGUUCUUAGUUCUUGUUGCGCAUACUGCGUUAUAUUCAGUUCAUCUUUGUGAUACGGCUCUUUCGCUGUUGUUCCUCGCGAACGUAAACCGAAGCGCAGCCACAGUUUGCAAGCUCUGAGUCCAGCGUAGCCACCUUUUGAACACGUGCGUCUGCAAGAAGCGGAAGCCACCCCUACUGUUACUUUGGAGAAACGUGGAAUUCAACUCUGCAGUGUGCUCCGAGGACUGACUUUCAGUGUUGUUGUGACAUUACAGUGGUAAUUUAGUGUUCUGUGGCUGUACUGAGUCUGUCUACCACUUUAUAGUGAGAACUAAAAGGCUCCUGCGUGGUGCUGAAGAAAAUGAAUCGUUUCGGCCACGGCAUGAUUCGCUGGCCAGUGCGCCUGCCCGGUAAGCCAUCGCUGCUGAGACUGUGAUGGAGGCAUGGCGGUCCGCAUAGGCUCCCCGUGUUCGCCAUGCGAGCCGCGCGCAACCGGACUGUCAACGAGAUCGGUGAUGGAUUCGAUACAACCGGACCCAGCUCCAUCACGACCACUCUGAUGGCCAGUACCGAGUGGCCGUCGCGUACGAUGCCCACUCCUCCGUUGGUGGGGCACGCUCUGCUCCCUCCUAGGCCCACCGUGUCCCUGGACGCCCGGCCUGUGCUCAUCCCUCUUCUGUCGUCGGUUAUCUGCUUCCCGAUCGUGGCACUGGCUCUGAUCUGUGCGCUGCGCUACAGGGCGCUGAGGUUACGCCGUAAGGAGCACAUGAGCAGGCAUCGUGGAGGAGGGAUGCGGGCGGCACGCCUGGAGGUCCCGGGCCGUGGGGGCGAGAGGCCUUCCUUCUUCUCGCGUGACUCUUCGUCCGGCGACACCAGCUCCCGGCCUCCCAACAACAUCGAGGAAGACCAACGAACCACGGGACCCCCAGCCUCGUCUUCGUCAUCUUCAUCGGAAGAGAACUAUGACGACGUGCUGGACUUCGCCAAAGAACUGGCGUCUAGCAAGCGAAAGUCCCUCGCCGGGGGCAGUUCCCGUCGUAGCAGCCGCGUCACUUUUUCCGCCACAGCCGCCAUCUUGCAAGUUCCCGGCAUUCCCAGUCCUCGGUCGGGCUCGCCGCGUUCCGGUUCACCGCGCUCAACUUCGCCUCGCUCGAGUUCAUCGCUCUCGAGUCUGUACCCUCGCUCUGGCUCGGUCAGCUUCUUCGCCGAGCCAAGCUUCAUCCAGGACGUGGUGAACGACUACGACGACGACGCAGACGACGAGGGCGACCUGGAGGCCACCGACUGCGGAGUGGACGCUAGGUAGCCGCGGCGAGGCGGCGGCGACUCGACCGCCGCCUGCUUGGUGGUGCUGCCGCGUGCCGGGCCAACCCGUAUUGGAGCCGCUCCAGCGUCUGGUACAGGGAUGCUGGAGACGCAGCUUUGAGUAUUCCUCUCACGAUGAGAGCGCCGACUCGUACAAGAAGGAAACUGAUGUGCGACCACCAAUGCGCUGACUGCGUAAAACCACGAACACAUUCAGAAACACAAUGAUCAUGGGGCUAGCGCAAACACAUACACUGUAAACCAGUUUACCCCGUCACGGGUGUUUUACUGUGUCUAUAACCAACAAUUUUACAUCCUAGCAAAAAAGCAUUGGCACAAAUAAAAAACCCCAUUCAAAGGACGCGUUAAGUUGCCAUGAGACCGUUUUCUCUAAAGGGUGCAAAGCAUGCCCUUAACGCUUAGAAGCCAUGCAUCCACGCGCUUUUCAUUGUUGCAGCAUGCGAUUCCAGUGAAUGAUCAUUAGGCCGCGCCUCCUGGAAAUAGAAGCACUGAAACGUAGCAUAGUUACCGCAUGGAGCGCGUAAUAUAGGUCACUAAAACUCACUAGAAAAAAGAACGGCUGAGUUUUACUCUACUUUGUAACUCAUACUUACAUUACGGUACUGCGACGGCCACAAAACCGACAGAAUUAUGACAUUAAAGCGCACUCUAUACACAUCAGAACAACCCCAACGCAGAGUACACCUACGCAGGUAAUAUUCUCAUAGAAGAGCUGUUCGAGCUGCCUAAGCUGCUGUACCUUCUGACAGGCUUAUAUAGCCAUGGUGUUUCAACCUGAAAUGUAGGGCUAGUGGGAUAAACUCUAUUCUACACAAAUAGAAAAAAACAUUUUCACAGAAUGGUUGUUUCGCCUAAGUCAGGUAAAAGACAACUCAAAACCACACAUACCUGUUAUAUAAAGUUGCAGUAUAUUGAAUAGCAUUCGGCUAGCGACUUCUAAUUAACAGCACAGUGGUUCGCAACAAGAACAGAUUAUCUUACCGCUCAAAACGUCCUCAGCAGCAAGAGAGUGUUUUAGACGAACAGUACGUCCGUAUGGAAAAGGAGAGGUUGUUGUGGUAAUCAAGACAACACCCUUAUUGUUGCAGCUUGCCCAUUCUCAAAAGGAUGGUCU